AUGCCGUUCGGGUUGAGAAACGCUGCUCAGACGUUCCAGAGGUUCAUCAACGAGGAAUACGGCCUUCUCACCAACCCCGCACUGUGCGUCCUCGGUAUCGACGACAUUGAGUUCCUCGGAAACCGCAUGACUCGCGAGGGAAUCAGACCAUCUGAAAAGAAGGUUCAAGCCUUGUGCGAGUUUCCUCGCCCAACAUCAAUCCGAAAGCUCCGCGAGUUCAUUGGGCUGCUCAACUUCCACCGCCGUUUUCUCGCCAACAUCGCCCGCAUUAUCAUACCACUCACCGACCUACUUAAGACCACGAAAGCUCCGUCUUCCUAA